AUGGCUUGGGUGAUUGUUCGCCUCGGGAUGUUUUACGAAUGUAGAUUUCAGAGGAAAGUUUGGAAAGGAUGGAGUGCUGUAUGCUUCGAGGAUAUAUCAAGACCGGGUGGUAAUGAUUUGCUCGCGGGUUGGUACAAGUCGUAUAUGAGUGGAUGGCACAGAAAGGAAAAUGGCCACCCGGAAUAUAAAUUUAAGUGUUCGUCUUGUGGGAAAACAUGGGCGGUGACAUUCCCGGAAACAAUACGCAGUAGUUUCAGUAGAGCUUUGGCCCAGGCAUCCGAAUGCCAAAGCGAGGCUAUUUUGCGAAAGUAUGAAGGUCAAAUGCCAAACGAAACAACUUACCUUGUUACAAACAAGCGGAUACAGCUCAUCCUUAAGAGCCAUAUUCAGUAG